GGCUCUUCUAUUCUCUCCUUUUUGUUUAAAGAGUAUUUUAGAGCUAAUAUAAAAUGGCCUUCCUCAAAUUACUGGUAGUUUUCACUUGCGCCGUCAUCGUUGCCGUAAAUCUCGUUCCUGAGGACAACACCGUUGAACCGCUGCGCGGGCUGCUGCUUAGCUUCGAUCAAGACCUCCUGAAAUCUCGGUUUGGAGAUGCACGUUCUCUUGAUCACAAGGCAACUAGAAGUGUCUAUCAUCAAGUACUAUCUGAGGCCGAAAAGAUGAUAUUGAACUCUCGUGAUGCGCCCGAGCAGAAGGCGCUCACCUGCAGUUUGAUGCGCUCGGAAGCACGCCGUUACGCGCGCUCGCGAGACGGAAGUUACAGAGGUCAUUUGACAGAUGCUGUUCUGCAACUGCGCGAUAGCUACGUUCACGGGCUCCGCUAUUUGCCCAUCGCCAUGGACAAAGAUAUUCGUGACUCAUUGUCCUUACAAAGGCCUACACUGUAUCACGUUGGUCUAGUUGUCAAACAAAUCUUCUCCUGUCUCGCACCGGCUUUAAGCAGCGGUAACUGUCCUUCAUACACAUUUCUACGAGAAGUGCGAGGGAAAUCAGACGACGAAAUUUUGGGCUCCUGCACAACGACGAACACUGCCUAUGAUGCCUUUUAA